CUACUAGGUAUUUAUUUAGUUUCUAACGGUAAUUGGUUGUAGGUGAACGUAUAAUUUGACCUUUUCUUAUCCGUAUUACUUCGUUAGGAAAUUAUAGAAUAGGACUCAGAAUACAGUGAAUAAUAUCUAAUCUCAUGUAUUAAAUAAUUUUAUCAUGAUAGUGUGACUGUAGCAGAGUUAUUCAGAUGUUCAGAUCGCCGUUUAUUGGUGUCAUUCUCAGGCCACAUAUUUCGUGAAAACCGGACCUUUUUUUAAAUUACAAUGACUUCAGGUCAAAGGGAAACUAAUGUGUCUAUACCACUUACACCUACAAGAUCAGAUUUGUAUUGGAGAAGAAUUUUUACCAAGUACGACAAAGAUAACGACGGCCGAAUAUCGUACGUCGAACUGAAGAACAUAAUCGAAUCCAGGGAAUACGACCACGACUUGCCCGACAAUGUCGUGGAGAAGAUCAUGGCGCUCGCCGACCGGGACAACUCGGGCUAUCUCGAGUUCACGGAGUUCGUUGAAAUGAUGCACAACCCGGCGCUGAAGGCUGUCUUUGGACACUUCGUGGCCAGAUACGUGCAUUCGAUUGUGCCACACAGAUCCCCCGUGGAUACUACUGGAAGGUGGUCAGGCUUCCAACCGGUCACGACGUCGGAUGGCGUCCGAUCUCGUAGCAAGACAGUGUUCACGUACACAGACGGUACGUACGAAGAGGAGUACAGCUGUUGGCCGCCUGCAGUGUCCAUGAUCAUCAUAUCCUUGGUGGAGAUUGUGCUUUUCUGCUACGACGCGGCUCACAGCACCUCUACGGCUUCGGGGCCCAUCGGCAAGCUAUUCCUCUACAACCCGCGGAAGAGGCACGAAGCCUGGAGGUUCCUGACCUAUAUGCUGGUGCAUGUUAACGUGGUACAUCUUCUAGUCAAUCUUCUGGUGCAGCUGUUUCUCGGCGUACCACUCGAGAUGGUGCACCGAUGGUGGAGAGUUGUGCUAGUCUACUUGGCUGGAGUGGCUGCGGGUUCCCUGGCCACGAGUCUGGCAGAUCCAAAAGUCUACCUUGCGGGUGCUUCCGGCGGAGUAUAUGCCCUAAUAACAGCGCAUAUAGCGACAAUUAUCAUGAAUUGGGCUGAAAUGGAGUUCGCCAUAAUUCAGUUGCUGGUUUUCGUGUUGCUGGCGGGCGUGGAUGUCGGGACCGCGGUGUAUGAUCGCUACUGGAAGCACACGCAGCAGAACAUCGGAUACGUGGCCCAUCUGGGCGGAGCAGUCGCUGGUCUCCUCGUGGGUAUCGGAGUAUUGCGUAACCUGGAGAAGAGAAAAUGGGAGAAAAGAUUAUGGUGGGCGGCCGUUCUACUCUACUUCUCUCUCAUGAUAGCCGGUAUACUCGCCAAUAUAUUCUGGGAGUCACAUUUUUUGAGUGAAGCCUACUAGAAGUGUACGAGACUUUUACUGCAUCAGAUUUUUGGAUGCAUUUUUGUCAAGCGAGCUUUUUUAAUCUUAAAAACGUGUCCGUAAAACUUUUUAAGUUGUAAACGAAAUGUGCGAUUUGACGUAAUGAGGUCAUAAAUAAAAUAUCAUAUAUGUAUUGGUGACAAAUCCAGGGAUUUAUUGUGGAUUAUUAUAUUAACUUUAAUUCGUCGUUUAGGUGGUUUUUUAAUGUUGUUAAGGUUUACCGAAAGUAUUUUGACUGAAUAAAGAUUUAUGCAUAAAAAUUAAAACGUAUGUGCCUACCGUACGUUGAAAUGGAACCGAACGUAAGCAUAGACCUUAGCUUUAACUAAACAUUAUUAUUAUUUUUCUAUUUGGAAACAAACACUUGUAUAAGCAUUCCACACAGACAUUUUUGUCUAUUUAUAAACGAGAUUGACCAGCAUCUCUUAAUAAGACUAGAAGAAAAGUAUAUACUAAAAGGUGGGCUAUCUAGUAUUUUAAAUUUGAAUCGGCUGUAAAAAACUUGAUUAUCUUUUUUUUUAUGGAAAUACGGGACGAGACGGGCAGGACGGUCAGCUGAUGGUAAUUGAUGCGCCCUGCUCAUAAGAAUGCAGUGCCGCUCAGGAUUCUUGAAAAACCCCAAAUAUUCAGAGCAGCACUACAACUGCGCUCGUCACCUUGAGACAUAAGAUGUUAAGUCUGAUUUGACCAGUAAUUUCACUAGCUAUGGCGCCCUUCAGACCAAAACACAGUAAUGCUUACAAAUUAAUGCAUCACGGCAGAAAUAGGCGCUAUUGUGGUACCCAUAAUCUAGCCGGCAUCCUGUGCAAAGAAGCCUCCCACUUGUAAAUCUUUUCAAAUUUCUAUUAUUUUAUUGGAAAGGUUGAAAUUUUUCAUUUAAGAAUGGAACAUAAUAUCAUUCAUAUGACCAUCACGACUGGCUCGGCAGUACCCCAUCCGAUUAACCCAAUUUUUUCAGUACAUUUUCGAUUGCUUCGGCUUGAAUCUCUUCAAUGGCAAUUUCGAUUUUACGUUUGAGCGCGUCAAUUAUCUCUGGAUGGUUGUAACAUUAAUCGUUAAUGGUUCCCCACAGAAAAUAAUCCCUCGGGCUCAAAUCACAGCUCCGAGCUCCUAUUCAAAAUAGGACAUGCUAUCACUUAUUGGACGUCAAAAACUACCCAUUCGAAAAAGUAAAGUAAGUUUUUAAUAUUUCCCAAUUUUGUUUCAGCAUAUAGAGCCCAUUUUGUACAUGUCAAACAUAAAAUUAAUGUCAUUCUACCUGUCAAAGUCAAAGUUAUCGAUGCUUCAAAUUUAAAACACUAGUUGGGCCAUCUAUAAGACUCCCACAAAGUCUUAUAAAAACUAAAACCACUCUACGAUAUGACUACAAUUUACUAUUUUAAUGAAAGUAUUAAAUUAACUUUGUAUUAUUAUAUUAUUUAAAUAUUACAUAUUAUAGUAGUAAAACAACAAUCUUUUCUAACAUUAAGUCUUAGAUCAUUUAUACUUCUAGAUAGACUAUGACAGACAAAAUUGAGUUUAGAACUAACUUCUAUUUUGAGUAAUUCACGCACACUAACACAAAGUGUCAUACAAAUCGCGAGUGUAAGACGUAGCUUGUCACGCACACUAAACUUAUAUUCCUGGCCUGUUUUUAUCGGUUGUUUAACAGCAAGAGACUAUCUGGACAUACAAAUUAUCUAAGCAUUAAGUAUAUAUAUAAAAUUCAUUCGCAGCAUAGUUUUUGCGCGGAAAUUGUGUUCAUAAUUUAUUUUUGUAACUUAUUGCAUUCUAACGUGCCUAUUUUUGUAUUUAUUUACAUAAUAUUGUGUGUGUAUGUAUAGAUGAAAUGUACGUUGCAGGUAUAUGCAUAGGGAUAGGUACGUUGCAGGCAUAUGCAUGAGCAGUGAACGCAUAUAAAAUAUGGAAGCAGUCUUUUAAUACAAUCUACUGUUGAUUAUUAGCGCCAAAAAUUCACACAAUUAAGUCACAUUACAGUAAACUAUCACUGCUUAGAAUAAGGAGUGUUAUAGGUAUUCGAUCUAGGUCGAUAUUAGAAUGUCAGUUAUUUUGUCAUGCGCACAAAGUGAUUUACGUGAUUGGUUCUCGGCAUGACAUGUUUACGGUUACUAAGGGUAACUGGGUUCGUGCGCUGGACAUAUUGUCAAUGUUUGUCAGAUAAGUGGAUGAUAUAUGUGUAAUGUAUGUAUAGUUUUAGUUGCGAUAUCUUAAAGCGUCAAAAAUGCUGCCAUGUUUUAUAUGCAUAGGGUAUGAUUCUCCUAGAUUUAGAUUUUGUCUUGAAAUUGAUGAAACCAUAAGCCUUAUAAGCUAGUAGACUCUUUAUUCAUAAGUGUGCAAUGCAAACAGUUGAGUCAACCAAUUGAGGUAAGCGUGCGCGGGGUACUGAACGCUCAUUGGUCGGAUGAUGAUCGCGAAAUAUAAUGAAUUAUGCAUGUACACGUAAAUUACUCUCGAGACGUUUUUGCGUUUUUGUGAGUGAACGUGUACAGUCAGCACAAAAAUAAAUAAACCAAUUCUUUUACAUUUAAUAAUAUUAAACGAUAUUAAAAUACUGAAUAUUAAUUACUAUUCAAUAUAAUGUUUAAUUCUAGAUUUCUUCAAAUAUAGACAUUUCCGCACUUAUCCUCACUUUGUUCCGAUGAAUCAUUUAUGUUAACUGUUAUUUGUUCUGAUAAUAUUAUGUCUCUAGUCUCAUGCAUGUCUUGAAAUUUUUAAUAACUUUAACAAUAAUAACACUUAACAAUAAAUAUUAUAAACCAUGCAUAAAAUCAAUUUAUUCCUUUAUUAACUAAAGCAAUAAGUAGCAAUGUUUAUAAGUAUAUAUAGUAGAAAAAACCGAUUGUGUGAAACAUGCAGUCAUAAAUAGAUUGACAGAUGACAGCUAUAAUCUUGUAAAAAAACAGAGAUAGCCGAUGUCCACUACGUUUUAAGCAACUGUUCACUUUCAAACUUAGCCGGAUUAUACUUCUUCGUCAUAUUGUAAUUACUAUUUCAAACUUAUGUCAAAUGACUGCACGUUUCAUACUAAACUAAAUUUCAAUUUUUACUUAGGCAGUCCUGCCUCUGAUUACGUAGUAUUUGCAUCCUGUUUGUUGUGUGUAAGAUAUUUUGUAGUGAACAAUGUACGUUUGGAAGUAAUUAUGUAGGUAGUUCGAAAACUUAAUUCUAAGUAAGUUAUUGAUUAUUUAUUUACUGAUGAGUAUUAUUCUUAUCCCGUCCUUGUAUUUUAACGAAUCUAUGUGCCUUGUAUUCCAAAUUUAAAAUUAUAUAUUUGGGAAUUUUCAGACGAACUUUUAUCACUCAUUGCUCAUUUCACCUCAAUAUUGCAGCAUGGAUAAUUAAUUAAUUUGAAAAUCAGUUGUUCUAAUUAUAAUUUUUUUUUUCAAUCUAUCCUUAGUUUAACUUACGGAUACAUUGCUGUCACCGUUUAAUGACAAGAUCUUAUCUAUCCAUAGUUAUGUCCAAUAUAGUUAUAGUCCAAUGCUACCUGGUAAUAGGUUAUUGAAAUGUAAGUAAGCGUAAAAGGAUAGAUUUGUCGACCUCUAGUAAGUUAAACUAAGGAUAGAUAGGUUAUUUAAAACGGCCGUAAGUUAACUUAGCAUUACUUUAUACUAAUUUCCAAAAAAGUCAUUACAUUGAUUUACGAUCAAUUUAAGGCUGAUGUGAUAAUACACGAACUUGUUUUUUACUGUCAAAGCUUGAGCUAAGCUUAAGAUCAGCAUAAUUUUAGCUGUCAAAUGACUAUAAAAACGAAAAGAUUAUGCGAAACUUGCACUCAGCUAAGUUUUAUGUACCUACGUAAAGUUUGAGCAAAGUGUUUUUUUUAAUAAAAAUAAAGGCCGAGACUAACAUGACGUUCAGCUGAUUGUAAUUGAUACGCCCCGCCCAUUACCAUGCAGUGCCGCUCAGGAUUAUUGAAAAACCCAAAAAAUCUGAGCGAUCUAGUAGUGAUCUCACUACAAUUGCGCUCGUCACCUUGAGACAUAAGAUGUUAAGUCUAAUUAGCCCAGUAAUUUCACUAGCUACGGCGCCCUUCAGAUCGAAACACUAAUGUUUACCCACUACUGAUUCACGGCAGAAAUAGGCUCCGUCGUGGUACCUAUAAUCUAGCCGGCAUCCUGUGCAAAGGAGCCUCCCACUCGUAAAAAAGGUCUUAGAAGGAAUAGAUAUAGACAGAUUUCGAGCUCUGCGUUUUCCGUAAAUUUUUCCUAUUUUCCAUGUUAAAGUACUGCCUAUCGUAUUGGUUAGUAGUUUUACUCAGGCAAUUAGCAGCUCAGUCCAAAGUACAUAUUAGUCCAAUAUUUAGCUAAAUAUUAGUCUAAUUUUAUACUUAUAUCUUAGACGCCUCUCUAACCUAGCACAAAGCAUUGACUUAAUAUAGUUGUGAUAAAGACUGCGCUAGCAUUAAAUUACCAAUAUGUCUACAUAGCAUUAUACUUCGUACCUUAAAUCAUUUAUACUAGAUGUCUAGACAGACUACUAGAUAGACAGCUGUGAAGACUUCGAAAAAAAAAUGAUUUUGAGUUUGACGUCUGUUUUGAGCAAUGCACGCACACUAACACAAAGUUACAUAAAAAUUUACGAGUUUACGGUCUGUUGUCCACCAAAGAGGAGAUGGUAUUUUGAUAACCAAUCAGUUUUCGUUAUUUAUAUAUAUCCUCUCCGCUUUGCUUCGGUGGAAAUGGAUCAAGCGGAGAGGAGAGGAGAUGUCUCAUUUUUCUAUAGAAUUUUUUGCCGCGUCCAACGAUCAAGCGGCGCGUCAGAGAUGCGUGUAGGUGGGCAUUUAGUAGACAUCACUUGACUGAUCUCGAGCUCACACAGCUCACAUCUCCUCUCCUCUCUGGUGGAAAUAACCUGACAGCUUCGCGGCUUAUCUCCUCUCGUCUCCACUCCUCUCCGGUUUGGUGGAUACUGGGCCUAAGACGUUUUGUCAGUUUUUUGUUUGUUUAGACGGCUUGUCAUGCACACUGAAGUGAUAAACUUGGCCUGUUUUUAUUGGCUGUCUAGCAGCGAAAGACACUACAUCUAGACAUUUAAGUUAUAUAAGCUUCGUACAUUGUUACAAGGUGACAGCACUAAGUAUUGAUAAGUUAUAGAAGUCAUACCAUCUUGUAUGUUUUCAAACGUAUUACCACACCCCACUACUCUUUGUAAUAAUUAUGAACCUACCUACGCUUUGUAAUGUUAUAAUUAUUACUCGAUUGUAUGAAACGCGCAGUCAUCGACAGAUUGAUCUUGUAAAACACAGAGAUAACUGAAAUAUUUAAUAGAUUACCAAAAUAAUAAAGAGAGGAGACAGUUUUAAAUAGAUUUAAAUUUAAAUAAUUAACACUAUUAAAGAAAAAUUGUUUUUACUCAAUAAACGAAUAUUAUCAAAUGAAGUGGUAACUGGCACCAAUAUUAUUUUUACCAAUAAUAUAAUAUUUUUUUGUGAUUAUUUUUACUACAUUAUCUCUUAGCAUUUCAUUAAUUAUUGUAAUUGUGUAUUGUAAUGAAAUGACCCAUUUAGGUAUGGCUUUAGUAGCUGUAGCUGUAAUUAGUUAUUGUUAGGUUUGUAAUAUUGUGAAGCGAAACCACAAAAAUAUUUGCAUAUCUGUCAAGACGGAACAUGUGCCUGCUGUUGAAUUUGUAACAACUUUACAUGUGAAUGUUUCUGGCAAAUUAAGAAUUUUGACUUUGAAAUCCACUACGUUUUAAGCAACUGUUCGCUUUCAAACUUAGCCGGAUUAUACCCCGUCUUCAAUCGCCAUACUGUAAUAACUAGUAUUUCAAACUAAUGUCGAAUCACCGCACGUUUCAUACUAAACUAUAUUUCAAUUCUUACUCAGGCAGUCCCAACUCUUAUUACGUAGUAUUUACAUCCCCUUUGAUAGUUAUUAGUUUACCAAAUAACUUCAUAAGUGUAAAUUAUUGGUUUUUCAUUACAUUUUAAUAUAAACAAGGAUUUAAGUGGCCUGUUUGUGGCUGCUAAUAUUUUAUAAUUAUUAUUUUAUUUGUUCGUUGUUGAGAUUUUUAUUUUUAAUAAUUAAUAACAUAUUUUGUCGAUACGUUCCUGUUUGUAUAUAAACAUGCACAAUAAUUAUUGUAUGGUGAUUAAGUAUUAAGUUAAAUAAAUGCCAUUUUUUAAUA